AUAUUAUAUAUUAUUAGUUGUUCAUUGCACUUUGCACCUUGAAACUCGACGACUUUCUGAAACAUCUUCGACGUUCUUCUCUGCCGGUCUCAGUUUAUUAAAAAUAUAAACUUUGUAUAAAUACAAUGUUAAACAUGAUGAUUGGAAGAAAACGAUAUUUUUUUCGUUUCACUUAUUAGUAUGCUUUUUUUUGGGUUAAGUGUCUAAACGUGAACACAAGUCAAUGAAUGUUUGUUUACAAAUGGUCAAUGGUUCACAAUGGGUACACAAGCCUCAAAAGAUUAACUUCGUAGCACGUGGUGUUCGUGAAAAAUUAGUGACCGAAUAUAGGAAAGAAUUAUAACUUUUUUCGAAAUUAAUUAUCGAAAUGAUCAAUGUAAGAAUGAAUGCCUUCAAUGAUUCAACUAUUGGGGAGCCGGAGCAGGAUGCAAAUUCAGCUCUUAUUGAACUUGAUAAAGGAUUACGUUCAACAAAAAUAGGAGAGCAAUGCGAAGCCAUUGUAAGAUUUCCUAGGCUGUUUGAAAAGUAUCCAUUUCCAAUAUUGAUAAAUUCGUCUCUAUUGAAACUAGCGGAUGUUUUUCGUGUGGGUAGCAACUUUUUGAGAGUAUGGGUACUUCGCGUUUGUCAGCAAAGCGAAAAACAUCUGGAUAAAAUUUUAAAUAUUGAUGAAUUUGUCAGAAGAAUUUACAGUGUAAUGCACUCUAAUGACCCUGUGGCAAAAGCACUGACUUUGAGAACCUUGGGCAGUGUUGCUAGAAUAAUAGCAGAGAGAAAACAGGUUCACCACAGUAUCCGAAGAUCCUUGGAUUGCCAUGAUCUGGUUCAAGUUGAAGCAGCUAUUUAUGCUGCUCAAAUGUUUGCUGCCCAAUCAAAGUUGUUUGCAAUUUUCAUGUGCAGUAAAAUUUCCGACAUGAUCAGAGGUCAAGCUACUCCAGCAUCAAUGAAAUUACAACUCAUACCUAUCUUACAAUACAUGCAUCAUGAUAUUUCUACUGCAUCAAUGGCAAAUGAACUGUGCAUGGAAUUGCUUGAAAGCUAUCCUGCUGAUGAAUUUGUACGAGUGACACUGAGUGCUUCAACUACCUUGGCUUCUGCUACUUUGAUCAAUGUACCAGCACAAGUGACAUUACUUUUGCGUUACUUACUUGAAGACCCUAGAUCUUCAAUAAAAACACACGCUCUCCAACUUUUACACAAUCUUGCUAAGAAGGGAGCUCAUCUCUGGCCACAAGGAGCAUUGGAACAGUUGAUUGAUAGUACAACUAGUCUCUUACAAGAUAGUGCUGGAAAUAAAAAUUUGCUCAUUAGAUCGUUGAACGUUAUUGAGGUUCUAAGUGAGAGUCCUGUAACGUGUGAUGCUAACAUGGUAGAAGGAAGCCCGCUUAUAGUACUUUGUUCAAAAGCAUGCUAUUCUCCAAAUCCCAUUGUUGCUGUUAAAGCUAUUACUAUUUGGGCAAGAAUAGCUUGUUAUUGUUAUGAAGAAGGUUUACCAGUGUACUGCAUACAGGAUGUAGUGUCCUGUUUGGAAUCUUUAAUAAUGCUUCUGACACUAGAUGACAAAUACAUAUAUCAACUUAAAGUUUGCUUACAAUUGGCAGUUAAACUUUGUCAAGUUCAGCGUGGACAUUGUAAUAUUUUCGUUGACGCAAUUGGUUCCACUCUCAUUAAUACCAGUGCCAAGAGCAAACAUAGUGAUAAUCAAGCUGUUGCGCUUUGCGAAGCUUUAGGUGCUAUUGGUAGCUUGGGCGAUAAUAUUUUGCUUCCUCUUCUUCCCGAUAUUCUCAUGAAACUAAAACAAACGCCCCACGCCCAUACAAAAGUAAUGCUUUGUACGUUACUUUUCCAAAUGAUAGCCAGUGGCUACGAAUGGAAUCCUGAAUGUCUAGAAGCCAUUGAUUCAGUGACUAAAUCUAUUGAUGAUUGGAACAAAUACAGAAUUGCUCGCGGAGCCACAAGGUACGGACACCACAAAAUCGCAACUCGUCUGUUUAAGGAUCUCAAGGAGGCAGUUGCUUCUGAGCAACUUCACUUUUGGUUACUAGGUUUGGAAUUAUUAACAAGUGCCGAGAGCUGCUUGUUAGAUGAUUCGGCAGACAAUAGCACUGUUAAAAAAUUAAACGGAGCCAUAGCUCAAUAUGCGAGUGCGUGCGCUUCUUUCAAAGCUGCCAGUACACCUCUGCGAAGUUUGCAAUUCGCUUGUGAUUAUUCGAAGCUAAGAUGCGAAUUUCUGCAAACUCUGGUACAGUUGUUACAUUCAUGCAGAUCUCUGUGCACAGCGCCUCCCUAUGCUAUUGCUGCUCACGAAGCUCACACAGCCAAAGACGAAUUACAAAGAUACGGGCGCGUAACAAGCCAGCUACGCAAGUCGUUGUUGGAACUCAGGACUUGUGCCGAGAACUACCAAAAAUUAUACCAGUCUGCAUUUGACGCGGAUCCAGGCUCUCUGAACAACAUAAGAGCUCUGCAAGAGUUGUGUCUGCUGUUAGCACACAGCGUUCAAAGGGUUUGUGGCGGGCCUCCAGUCUCAACAAACUUCCCAAGCACAGAGGCGAGCUUCCACUUUGGCGAAACGGUAGAGAUGCAGCAGCUGGCCAAAUGCUGCAGUCAGAUCCAGGAACUAGCCCCAGCAGGCGACGCCGACAACGAGACCUCGAGCCGCAUGACCAGUGGCAUAAGCCACUUGCGGGUUGGUAGCCUGAUAUCACAAGUCACACUUCUGGCCAGCAGCAAGUUGCGGCUGCCCGUGCCACGCUACUUCUUCCAGACCCUGCAGACGACGAGCGUCAAGCUGUCCGUCUGGCCGCAGCCUCGAGUCCUUGGCGAGCCCGUCUCCGUGCCUCAGGGUAGUCAACUAUCGCUUAAGGUCGAAGGCGUUCUUAGGCACGGGAAAAGAGCUUCGCUCUUCCGGUCCGUUGCUGCUAUCUCUAUCAACAUCUCCACGGCUCCACCCUCCAAGAAUAACACGGACAGAAAGGAUAAUAACAUCAGUGAUCUCGAACAAACGGUAGUGCCUCAUCGCGACUUUUUCUCGUGCGAAUUUCUGCUCUCUUUGGGUGCUCAGAAUAAUAAUCCUUGCAUGAGCAAUGUCGGGAAUACCGGAGCUGGAACCGGAGGUCAGUAUCAAGUCACUGCUAGUGCAAAUAUUGUGGACGAAAGCGGAAAUGUGUGGAGAUGCGGUCCACGUUCGGUUCUGCAAGUACGAGUUCACGAGGAACCUUCGAGAAAGAAAUUGACGUAGCCUUUCCAUUUUUAACAAUUUUUUUUUUAUUAAAAUAUAUUUUGUAUAAAUGAUUUAACAGAUUGUAUAUUGAUUAAGUAUCUAAAAUAUUGUUACAUUGCAUAUAAAGAAACAUUUGGAAUGUAUAUUAAAACAUCCUGAUUAGUAAAAAAGACAAUUACUACAACAA